GAUUUUUUUUUUGCCAAAACUAUUACACGGGUGCUUAUUAAAACUGCAGCCGGAGUUAAUAAUGCCAAAUUUUUAUUUUUAUAAAUUUAUUUAUACGCGUACCUACCUUUAACAUGUGAACCUUUUGACAACAGGAUAGUGAAAGCUGCUCGUAUAUCGAAGAAUUCGUUCACCCACUCGUUGCCAUAUUUGUUGAGAUUAAUAAAGAUUUUAAUACAAUUUAAAUUUUAAACGUAGAACUACAGUAAUAGCAAAAUAUCGAAAAUAUGGGCAAAAGUUGGAGAACGAAUUACAACAGCGUACUUACCUAUGUAAUAAUUAUAAUAUGUUUUUAAGCUUAGGACAAGCCUUAUACUCUAACGAAAAGUAGCACUCAAAUAUCCAAUAUCAAAAACGCAUUUGACUUGGUGGAUACGUGUAGUAAGAACAAAUUAAUAAUAUUUAUAUGAUUAUAUCAUAUGUACCUAUAACCUCUUUGAACGAUUUCAAAAUUAUCAUACGAUAUUAUAACAUAAAAAAAAUACCUAAAUAAUGUAAAUAUUUGUAGAUUUAUAUAAUUAGUUCUAUCCUAUUCUCAUCACGUACCUAAAUACCUAUUUCAACGUUAAGCUGCAGAGGGGAAAAAUCUAUAGAAUAAGGGUCUGCAGUGUAUUAUAUUCAUAUUUCGUACGGGGAUAUAAUAUAUAGGAGAGAUAUACUAUUUUUUUCCUAUCGGAAUCGUGCAUGUAUAAUAAUAAUAAGGGAGGAUCAAGUCUCGUACAUAGGUAUACGGUACUUCCUCUACAAAAAAAAAAAAUACAAUACAAUACAAUACAAAAAUACAUUUACUAUCGUCGUGAUGCCUAUGUAUUAUAUACCUAUAUAAUAUAUAUAUCCCAUGUCAUAUAUUAUUAUAGUCUCGGUGUCCUAAACGAGAACCCGGUCUGCGAAUGGCGGUGGCCGAGAGUCGUCGUCGCGCGGCGGCGAGUAAACAAGGGUGCGCGUGUGCUCGCGCUUAUACAAUACGAUUCGUAUUACGUUAUAGACCAACACUAUACCACCACCAAAAAAAGCGUAUACGCCACUAGGAUUUGUCCCACACACACACACACACACACACACACACACACACACACACACACACACACACACACACACACACACACACACACACACACACACACACACACACACACACACACACACACGGUUGCGAGCGUUCGACGUUGGUGACGAUGAGUAUACACACGACGUCGACGGCUGCAGCGGCUGUCGCAGCGGCGGCGGCGGGCGAUCGUCGUCGGUGUGGGCAACACGGUCGCGGGGCGGAACGGAAUAAAAAAAAAUACGCGAGCGCGCGCGCGCCGCGCGCACACACACGUACGCGCGCACGACUAGCGUUUCAAUACGCGUCCGAUGUACGACGGUGACGGUGCGUUCGACGACGUAGUUUUGCCGCAUGAUAUAUCCGAGAGUUCGCAGUGUCGUCGUCGUCGUUAUUAAAACCAAUUUUCGAAUUCGAUUCGACUAUACGCGCGCGGCGGUGUACCUCGCGCGGGAGACAGGAAGUGCAGUGCGCGACAGUUUUUCGUUUUAGUUUUCCGCCGCCGCUCACAACCGGUUGUGUCCGGGGAUGAUAUGACAUUAUUACAUGACUGCGACGUCGCGUCCGUCGAGUGUACGCGAGCGUGGCUCUCCCGGGGUCGCACGACAGGGGCGGAUUUCGCGUACCCGACCAAGUGAUCGCGACGACCGUCACCAGCACCAGCACAAGCAGACUAUCCAAAACCAGCUGCAGCAGCAGCAGAACCGUCAACCGCACGGGUACCGGAAAAACCGCGACCGCGGUCGGACCAGCGAGAGCGACACAGUCGUCGGCAGCGAAUCAGCGGCAAACCGGACGACUCGUCCACCGUUGACGACCGUAGGACGGCCGCGCGUCGACGACCCGCACCGUCGUCACCGACACGACCAUCUCCAUCACGACUGUAGGUUGCGCCAGCACCAGCACCACCGCUACCAGACCGACGGCCACGAUGACGGCGUGCCGCGACGUUUCAGCUGUCGGUGGCCACUAGCAGCCACAUCACUCGGCGGUCGAGCGGUACACCGCACCGGUGCAGUGUAAUCACGGUACAUCGAGCACCACACAUUUUCGCGACCGCGGUCCAGUUUCAGCGGCCGGCAAAGUGGAGGGCAACUGCGGCGACCUGUUGAACAUGAGCUCGUACUUUGCCAACUCGUACAUGCCUUCCGACAUGCGGAACGGUGGAGGUGGAGGGACCGGCGGAGGCCUCGUCGGAGGCGGCAGCGGCGGUGGAGGCGUGCUUGGCGGCGUCGGUGGAAUCGUCGGCGGCGGGGGCGGUGGCGGUGGUGGCGUGGUCAUGGACCACCACCACCACGGCCAGCAGCACUACGUAGACAACGCGCCGUGCGACCCGACCGCUCGGCAGGGCAUACCACCGCACCACUACGUCGGGCCCACCGUCGGUGGACAGCCACCCCAGGGCAUGCCAUACCCGCGGUUCCCGCCCUACGACCGGAUGGAAAUCCGGCAGGCGGCCGCUGCGGCCGGCUACUACAACAACCACCACCAGUCGUCCAUGGAUGGCUACAGCAGGCCCGAAUCGCCCAUCGGUGGUGGCCUGGUCGGUGGUGGAGGUGGCGGUGGCGGUGGCAUGGGCCAAAUGACCAUGAACGGUCACACGCCCGUCGUGUACGCCACGUGCAAGCUUCAGGCCUCGGUUGCCAACGGUCUCGUCGAACCGGGCAGCCCCACCGACAUGGUCGACAUGACCAACCACCACCAGCAGCAGCAGCAGCAACAGAUGACGGCCGCCGGCCACCACCAUCACCAACAGCAGCAGCACCACCAUUCGGCACCGCCGCCACAGUCGCACCACCAGCAGCAGCAGCAGGCGUACUUCAGCAACCUGAGUCCGCACCACCACCAGCAGCAGCAGCAGCAACAGCAGCAGUCCGUCGUCCCGCCGGCGCCUGGACACCACAACCAGGUCGUGGUCAACCCGCAUCAGCAGACGCCGCCGCUGCAGACUCCCACCGCUCAGAAUCAACAGGCGGUCAACAACAACUCGCUGCCGAGUCCACUGUACCCGUGGAUGCGAAGCCAAUUCGGUCCAGACUCAGAGCGGAAACGCGGCCGGCAGACGUAUACCAGGUACCAGACGCUGGAGCUGGAGAAGGAGUUCCACUUCAACCGGUACCUGACCAGGAGGCGGCGGAUCGAGAUCGCGCACGCGCUGUGCCUGACCGAGCGGCAGAUAAAGAUAUGGUUCCAGAACAGGCGGAUGAAGUGGAAAAAAGAGAACAAGACCAAGGGCGGCGACGGCCAGGGCGGUGACGGUAGUGAUAUCACGCCGCAGACAUCGCCGCAGUAGUGAUAAAGCCGCGACUUCGCUCGUCAUUAUUUAUAAUAUUAUUAUUAUUAUUAUUAUUAUUAUUAAUAUUAUUAUUAUUAUUAUGAUUAUGAUUAUAAUUAUGAUUAAUACUGUUGUUGUACAUAAUAUAAUAUGUACUCUCGUGCGCGCGUGUGUGUAGAAGUGAAAUGGUCCUCAGUUUUCGAGUGUUGUACGCGCGUGCGCGUGUUGCUGCACUGCAGUGUCGUCAUUGAGGUGCGCGCACCUACGAUUUUGCCUGUUUGUGUUAGCGUUUGAGUGUGAGUGGUGCGCGUGGUCGAGAUGAGAUGUCAAGUCGUAUGUUAUGCAGGACGACGGCGGAUUGUGACAUUUUUCGCGUAUUUACUUAAAACAAACAGAGAAACCAAUUUCGAAAUGAUAAUAAUAAUUAUAUAAUAUUAUACACUGGUCGCUCUGUAUAGCAUAUUGUAUAAUAAUAUUAUAAUAAUUGGUCACCCCAUAUUGUAAUAUUGUUACUGCGAUUAUAGGGCGGUUUAGAUGGUAAACAAUAAUAUUUUUCUAAACAAUAAUCUUCUUACUGUAAAUAUUACAUUGAAAAUAUAAACAAAAAUUUCGUUCUGGGUAUAUAUUGGUAUAUACGCAUCAUAAACGUAUUUUAAAUCAAUUUUUCAUUUUCCGAAAAGAAAAAAACGUCUUUUUAUCAAUUUUUGUCUUAUACCAACGGCAAUACUAUAUUAUAAUAAUAUAUAAUUAGGUACGUGUAAAAUUUUCCCUCGCUUAGGAAACUUGUUCUAAGAUUGUGUCUAAGUCAUUAUGUCGUAGGUUUUUUUUUAGUUCUCGUUUAAGUUUUAUUUAGUUCUAAGCAAACAAAUAAUAAACGAUAGCAAAGACGACGUAAUAAUAAUUUAUUAAAUAUCCAAAGAAAAAUGACAUACCUAUAACGCGUGCUGGUCAACCGCGACUUACUCUCCGCCACUCGCGCCCACACACACAGACACACACUCACAUAUAUAUAAAUAUAUGAUAUAUGAUAUAUAUAUGUAUACGAUAUAAUAUAAUAUGUAAUAUGGAUACAUAAUUAUGAUAAAGAGUACACUAUGUAAUAUAUUAUUAUUAUUAGUUAUAUCGUAAUAAUUUUAAAAAAUGAAUAUUUUGUUACGAGCGAAUCGUCACGCGGUCGAUGAUAUGCGCUCGGGAUCUCAAAACCAGCUCAAAUAACACGUCCUCAAUAGUAAUAAUAAUAAUAAUAAAAUUAAUAAUAAUGUAUAUAUCUAACACACGUUCGUCUUAUCUUAACACAUACGUGUUGUACAGGAUAUAUAUAAAAUAUAUAUACAUAGAAAAAUUGUGUACUAUCAUAUUAUAAUAUUAAGUUGUAUAUAAUAUUAUGUGUGUUCGUGUUUGUUUGAGUGUGUGUGUGUGUGUGAGUGUGCGCGUGAUUAUGUCUUUAUAUAUAUAUUUCGGUUUCAAAUUCCAGGACCAGUUGUUGUUUGUUUGUUUUUAUUUUUUAUUCAACUUAUAGUGCCAUUAGGAAUUAGACUGGCACCGCGAUUCGCGUCCGAUACACACGGUGCUGCGAUCCGAUUUUUUUGCGAUCGCCGCGGACUCUACAUGAUAUUAUCAUAUUAAUUGAUAAUGAUAUUUUGUUUCCCCCGAUCGUUGUUUUUGACCGUCGUUACAAUACGUCUUAAUUAGAUCACUAUUAUACCAGCCAGACGCGUAUAAUAUCAUGUCAUCUACCAUAUUAUAUCAUUACCUACCUAUGCAUGUACUAUGGUUGUAUCGGCCGCGACCUUCGGUCACCGCGCACAGUCGCUGCCACCGCGCCGCAGUUAAUGUCUAAAUAAUAAAAUAUGCAUCCAACAUAACUGCACCGUGUACAAUAUUAUUAUAAUAACGUCGGUUUUUUUUUUCGCGCAUACUGAAUAAAUGUGGGACCCCGGGAAUCGUGCGCGCGCGAUCGGACGUGGAAUUGCGGUGAAAAUAACAAUAAGAUAAUAAUAUUAAAUAUCUAUUAUAUUAUUGUAACAAUAUAAAAUGCUAACGUACCAAAGGUGGUAUUUGCGUAUACUUUUGUUUUUGUUUUUUAUUUUAUUUAUUUAUUUUCGUUUUAAUUAUUUUUCGUGUAAGAGAGAAAAUAUAUAAUAAGAGGAAAAAUAACGCGUGACUCAAGUACAUACAUAUAUAUUAAGUAAUUAUAUAUACGAUUAUUAUUUAUAAAUUAUUUGAAUGUGUACAUAUAUUAUAUAUUAAAAUUAUAUGUUUAGACUUUGUAUAUUGUAAUAAGGUAAAAAAAAAAAAAAAAAUGUUUAUAUAUUAAUUAGAGAUCGGUCCAUGCCACUACUUGUUUACUUGUUUUCUCACACAAACUAUAUAUAUAUAUUUUUUUUUUCGAAUACACAAUAAUACUAUACUUACUAUAUCGUUGCGGUACACACUCUGCGACUCGUUUUCGAAAAAAUGAAAAAAAUCUUUAUGUGCAAUUUCGUCGGCUCCUCGAAUCAGCUGUUUCCGUAAACAUAAGUACGCAGAACACCAAUUAUAAUAUUAUAAUAAUUAUUAUAACACAUGUGUUAUGCUCGCGCGUAAGCGGAAAUUAUUGAUUAUCAGCCCGUUUCAUUAAUUAUAAUUAUUUUCAACUGCAAAUUAUUAUUAUAUUUCUCUUGUACAUACAUCAUAGGUAUGACUUCUAUAUGAAUAUAUUAUAUAAAAUAUAUAUUUAAAAAAAACAUUUAUAGGAAUAGUGUUUUUUUCGAAAUUGAAAUCGUUACGAUUUAUUUGACGCUAUUUCCUCGUAAUAUUGUACAGUUCAGAGAGAUUUUAUUUAUAUAUAUAAAACAAUAAUAUUAAUAUAUACAAUUUUAUUAUAUUAUAUAGAAAAAGCGUGCGUGUGCUGGUAGAUUCUUCAUUUUAUUAACUAUUUUGUUUUUUCGUUUUUAAUUUUAUCAUUAUUAUUAUUAUUUUUUUUGUAAAAAAAGAAUUUUUGUAUAAAAAUUUAUUUAUUCUGCAAAGCCUGGCAAGGAUUACCUCUAAUUUAUUUUUACAUGCUAGGUAAAACAGUGUAAAAAUGAAAAACGACAUAUAUACGUAAUUAUUAAGUCUUGUUUAUUUUUUUGAGUCGUGAUAAAUAACAAUAAUGUUGAGUACUUAUAUUGUAAUACCAAAAAAGAUAAAAUAACAAAAUUUGAAAAAAAUCAAUGUUGACACAUUUUUUAAUUUAUCGACAUUAUUUAAUUAAUAUUUUUAAUAUUUUUUCCGAUUCAAAAAAAAAAAUAUAUAUAUAUACAUGUAAUAAACGGUCAGUACAAUGAAUAUUAAGAUAACUGAGUGUUGUUAUGCGGCAUUCACUAUAAGUUCCUCCUAAAAUAUUAGAAUUAGUGUUCGUUACAUUUUUAGAUUAAUUAAGUAGAAUUUUAUGUUAAUUAAUUAAAAAAAAAAAUGAACGUUUUUUUUU